UCCGAGACGUUCAUUCUGGUGGAGGAAAGCAAGCGCGGUGGGUUGGUAAAACGUGGCAUCAAGGGACCCCUCCAACCCUCCCCCUCUCUCUAUUUACCAACAACAGGCGUCUAUUGCCCAACACUGAACGGACUCGCUCUUUUAGAGAGAGAGAGAGACCCCCACCCACCACCACCACCACCUCCACCUCGACUUAUAAAUGCCAAGAGGAAAAACGAAAGAGACAACAGAGAAGGAUCGCUGCUCGGAAGAAGUGGAGAGAGCAACAGUCUGGACAAACACGUAGAGGAAGACAAGAUUAAAAUAACGCACGGAUCGCCGCCGUUUCCCGUUCUCAAUGCAUACUCUUUGUGCCCGGGGAACGAUGAAGCCAGAGAUCACCGCCGCCGUCGGGUUUCUGACGAGAUUUCUGCGCGUAAAAGGACACGUAAACGAUCGACAGGUCCAAACAUUCAGCCAAAGCUUACAGGACAUUCUGUCAGAGCAAUAUAAGCACCACUGGUUCCCAGACAGGCCCUGCAAGGGUUCAGGAUACAGAUGCAUCCGCAUCAACCACAAGAUGGACCCUCUGGUGGGGCAGGCGGGCCAGCGCAUCGGCCUGACCAUCCAGCAACUCUACCUGCUGCUGCCCAGUGAGCUCACGCUCUGGGUGGACCCCUUCGAGGUGUCCUACCGCAUCGGUGAGGACGGAUCCAUCUGUGUCCUGUAUGAGUCGCAGCCGUGCCCGGUAGGAAUGCCGACAAUGGCCGCCGCCAGCUCCUCCUCAGGAAACGGUGGGUCGGGGAACCCCAUGGUGGACAGUCACAUCAGCUGCAAGGAGGAACUGAUGGUGCUGGGCAGAGCCAGUCCCUCCAAAUCCUACAAUAUGAUGACUGUGUCCAGUUAAAGAGGCACACCGUCACCCCGGCCUACUUUUGUUCAGGGUCAUGUUGUUGCUGGUCAGAUCGUAUGAUCCGAUCAGGGCGAGCCUUUUUGAAGCUAAGAAUAUGAAAUGAAAUAAUGAAAGAAGACAGAAAAAAAAAAAAAAAAAAAUACAGAGGAUGUGGCCUAUCGUCCAGGUGAUGGAAACCUAGUAGGUUUUAAUAUUUUUUUUUUUACCCUCUCCCCCCCAUUAUCAUCUUUUCCGUUGUGUCAUUGGAUCAGCCGGGCACUCCGUUUUUUUUUUUUUUAGGAGAAGCUUUGUGGAAAAGGAACUGUUGGGGCAGCUAACCAACCAACCAACCAACCAACCAACCAGGAACCCCCACGGAGACGGGCUCCACCUCCCCCCCCUCGACUGUAAACAACAUGGUGAUCAGCUCCAUCUCUGAAGGGGCUGUCAUUGACUUUGCACUUUCUUACUUGUGGUUACUAUGGGUACAUGUUCGACACACCACCGCAAAAAAAACACCAAAACCUAAAUUGUAAGGAGUUAUAAGGAGGUUUUUUUAAAUUUGCUGUUUUCACUUGUUUUGUUUCUUGGUCGGGGAGGAAGUCGAGGUUUAGACCGAGCCUUUCACAAUCCAAGCUCAAGGUAAAGAAACACCCAAUGAGAGCAUCUCUAUUUUCUAUAAGACCCCCUUUUUGGACCACAGGGAAUUAGUUUUCUUUAUCUUGUAGCUGGAAAAAAAGGCUUUAGGUGUUAACUUUGCCUCCCCCCUCCCCUACAUCAACACAGAGCCUCAGAAAACCCUCAUCUCAGCGUUCUCUCGGCCUCUGUGUUGGCUCAAGUGGAAUGUGUUGUGACACCUGCUACCUGUGGAUACCAGUGUGUCCUGUUGCACUGUCGCCCUCCCAUCACCCAUGUAUGUGUAGCUUUCCAGGGGGGGGAGGGCAGGGGAUCCGUUUCCCAUCCCCCUACCCUUAGUUAAGGAAUGUUGUUGAAAAUCACAAUCAAGUUCCUGUGUUGUUGACAUCACCCUCUUUUCCUCCCACCACUUUGUCAUCUCUCCCGCAUCGCCAAAAUUCAAAGUGUAGCAAAAAAGGGGCGGGCUAUUUUACCCAAAUUUUGGUCACGUGGCCCUGUCAGGAUUGACGUUGAAUGCACUUUGACGUGAGAUUGUGUGGGAUGUGUACUUUGUAGAGAAAAUCGCCUGCAUUCCAUCCAUUCGAAUGUCAUCUUUUCACACCGUUUUUAUUGCCCUCCCACAUUUUCUUUUCUAGCCGUCUGUUCAUACUGUAGCUCCCACGUUGGGAUAGACUUUUGUCUAUUAAAUCGGGAGUGUGCUACUCUGGAUUUUUUUUUUUUUUUUUUUUUUUUUUUUUUUUUUUUUUAUGACACUGUAUUCGUGAACAUUUCAGAGCUGUGGAUUUGGAGAGUAUUUUAGGUGGUAUGUUAGAAACAUUCUGUCAUCCGUUCAUAUGGCACUGUUUGCUCUGGCAGGAUGCAGAGCUAAGCUGUUUCUCUUUCCCCUCCACCCCCAACACCCCGAGACACACAGAUGGUGAUUUGUGUUGCAGAUAGAAGAAAAAAAAAAAAAAAAAGUUAGUCUGAAAGGUCUGGACUAAGUGAUGACAGAGAGAUUUUGGCCAAAGGGAGGUCUGGAGCGCCCGACUGUUAUGAGAUUAAUUUUAACUUUCAUUAAAAACACCAGGCCUCGCCAGCCUUCUUAAAUUUAGGUCUUGUAAAAAGGAGAUCCUUAUAUGUGCAUUGCCUUACGAAGACUUUAUAGUCAUGAAUUUUGAGCCAUUCGUGAUUUUAAAAAAACAAUAUCGGGCGUAUUUGAGCCGGCCUGGUUCAUGCGCUGCCUGGACCCUCACCGGAGGUGUCCAUAUUCCAGCCUGGCAGUGUCAAAUCCCCGCCCCCCCCUUUCUUCCACUCCUCCUGGUGUGGGGGGAGUCAGAGUGCCUCAAGUGCCACAUAUCACCCCUCAGCUCAGACCUCCUGUUUCAGGCAAAAAGCAAGCUGCCGUGCUGCUAGCUGACCCCCUGUGGACGCAGGUAGACUUAAUGUGACACAUAUCAUCAUCCAUCACCGUGGGGAGCUGGGUAAGGAAGGCCGGGAUGGGGAGCUGGUGUGAGAGAGGUGGGGGUCGGGGGCCAGGGCCGGACUCUUUUGUCCAGGGCAGCUAAAAUCCCUCCAGCCCCCAACCCCCCUUCUUGACUUAUUCAACAUCCCCCCCCACCAAACCCUCUCUCAGCAGUGAUGGAUAGAAAACAAAAAAACCAGCACACGCACUUGGCGUGCUCACGCUGCACUGGGGCGGGGGGGGGCUAGUGAGAGAUGAGGAAACGUGGAUCAAAGAUGAAGAAUGAGGGUACUAGGCCAUUGUUUUCUGGUUUCAUCUCACUGGAUUGCGCUGCGCUCGAUGACUGAGUUUGAGUAGCAACUUUGUUUACAUGCAUAUGAAAGGGUGUGAUGGCUGUCAUGACGUACCCCCACCUCACUCCUGGUUUUUGGGGCUGAGUGGUCAACCGUGAGCUGGAGCAGAUGCCGGGAUCGGGGGCGGCUUCGGGUGCCGCCCGGGCCUUAGCCGCUGGCCGAAUCUGUCACAGCAGGCUGGUUCACCGCUCAUCACCAGACCUAUGGGUGUUUAAGCUCCCCCUAAGCCUGAGAGGAUCAUGGGUAAUAGAGCUAUAGCCUUUGACGCACUGCAACCCCCCCCCCUCCCCUCUCCAUCCUCUGCUCUCUGUUGAUACUCCCUUCAGCAAUCUGUGAAAAGCAGCGAUUCCAUGUUGGCCAGAUGGAGAGGAGCUCGCUGGGAUGGGAGCCCAGGUCUUUGGUUUCCCAUGAUGGACACCAGUUUUAAAAUCACACUGCUCCAUUUAAGCUUCUUUGUCAUGUGACAAGAUGUUUUGAAAUUGGUCUAUAUUUCGGACGUGAGAUGGUCGUCCCGUCUCACUUUUCUCUAGAUGUAUUUUAUGGUCACACUGGUAGAUUUUUCUCAUCUUUCCACUCUGCCAUCCCCCUUUCUUUCCUCCUUCAUCCUCUUUUUCUAAGAGGAUUUUUAGUCUUGUGAUCUAACCCAUUUUUAACAGACCUUUUGUUUUUUUAGUUACAAAAUAAAUUCAAAAAAUGUCACCAAAAUCCCCUUUCGACACCUUCUCAACUCUACUACCACCACCACCGGAAAUGGUUUUAAGUCCUCCAGUAAUAUUGAUUAUUUAAAUGGCAUUCAUUCAGCUUGUGCGCACAUAGGUUACAUUGUCGUGAGAGUGCUUUGAGUAGUCAGAGGUAAAAUAGCACAUAAAAUGCACUAAAUAUGUCAAGUUGAAGUUGUGUGACAUUUUUUUUGAGACGCGAGGAGUCUCUCCUGGAAUGUAUUGCCAAACUCAGGCCUCGGACAUUCAAUAAAUACCCUUUGUGGAGAAGUUGUGCAUGUUAAGACAUGAAACAGGAAGGGAACAGCAGUUUCGUUGUUGUCAAAAUUGUCAUCGAUUAGUUGAAUUAUUGCCACUUUCACAUUUGAGGUGUUUUUACAUAUUGUAGAAUGUAUUGUAACUGUACGGCAUAUGGUAGAGUACAUAACAUUACACAUGGGAAGUGCCAAUAAUUGCUAUCUUUAGGUGUUUUUUAGAUUUAUUCCUUUUUUGUAUUUCAUCUUUUAACAUGGAUAAUGCUUUUCGUAAGUGAAGCCAUUUGUGAUGGGAGUGUUGGCAAGGACCAAAGUUGUUUUGGUAAAAAAAAUAUUAGUUUCCAUGAUCUGUAAGUGUAGACGUAUCCUUUGUUGUUUAUUUUUUUUUUUUUUUUUUUUUUGGGGGGGGGGGGGGGGUUUCUUUCUUGUCUUUUCAGUUUGUUCCCUCUUUUUUUUUUUUUUUUUUUUUUUUUUUCUAUUUACGUACAAAACCAGAAAAUAGACAAAAAAAAUCUGAGCUUACCCAAGAAGAAAAGCUGUCUAUCUUGUGAUCUCAUGUCAGUACAUCUUUAUCGUGUUCAGUUUAUUUUCCUUGGGUAUGUUGUGAUGAACUGCUGUAAAUUUGUACAGUUCAUGUAAAUUGAUUGUGCGGAAGUUGUACAGAUUUCUAUAUUUUGGAAGAAAAGUUUUUUUUCUCUGUAAUAAAAGAUUUCCUAUCUUGGCAUCAUA